AUGCCCAGCGUUUGCGUGAUAGGCUCCGGCCUUUCUGGCAUUGCCACCCUCAAGGAAUGCCUCUCGGAGGGGUUUGAGGUGCAAUGCUUCGAGGCCCGCCCGGAGAUCGGCGGGCAGUGGGCUCACCAGCCUGACGCGUCGCCGUCCGACCCUGCCGGGAGCGUACAGUCAUCCAUCUACGACGGCGUCGUGCUCAACUCAUGCCGCGAUACUUCGGCCCUGACGGACUUCCCACUUGACCCGGCGAGGUACGGAGACUACUUUGGGCACAAACAGCAGCUGCAGUACAUGAACGAGUAUGCGGAGCAUUUCGGCUUGAAGAAGCACAUACGGCUGAGCACGCGCGUGCUCUCUUCGGAGCCGAGAGAGGAUGGCUCAUGGACUGUUCGGGUCCAGGAGGAUGGAAAGGAUGGCGUGGAGGAGCUCACCUUUGACGCGGUAUUCGUCUGCGUCGGUCACCUGUCCACGCCUUCGGUCCCGGAGUUGAAGGGGCGGGAUGCGUUCCAGGGCCAGUUCAUGCACAGUCACUUCUAUCGCCGCCCAGGCCCUUUUGAUCGCAAGAAAGUUGUUAUCAUAGGGCUUGGCAGUUCCGCGGUUGAUAUUGCCUGCGAGAUAGCCCCUGGUGCAGAGGAGGUGCAUGUCAUCACUCGCCGAGGAGGGUUCGUUCUUCCGCGCUACGUGCUGGGCAAACCGGUUGAGGCAUUUGACAAUCGCGCAACGCAGGUCUGGCUGCCGAUCGGGCCAGCUCAAUGGCUGCAGACGAAGCUUUUAGAGAUUGUUGAUGGGAAGCCGCCGCAGGUCCUGCGACCAUCGCACAAGAUCCUCGAGCAAAGCCCCACUGUCCGCGGCGACUUUAUCGAGAAAGUCCGGACACAGGUUAUCAAUAUCCACAGAGGCAGCGUGGAACACCUAACCAAAGACGGCCUUGUCAUCACCGUGCAAGGCGAAGAAACUACCACCGAGGAGCUCAAGGCGGACGUCAUCAUCGCCUGCACCGGAUACGACCAGUUCGACCACCCCUUCCUGCCGAAAGACGUGGUCCGGGGCCCAGACACGCCCGCCAACCGCGUCGACCUGUACAAGCUCAUCGUCCCGCCCCGCUACGACAACCUCUUCAUGAUGGGCCACGCAGAGACCGUCGGGCCCGCCGCGCCGACGUUCGAGGCACAGGCGCGGUGGGCGUGCGCGGUGCUCUCGGGGCGGAUCGAGCUGCCGCCCAAGGCCAAGAUGAGUGAGGAGGUGCAGAAGUUCCAGGCCUGGCAGGAGAAGCACUUCCUCGGCACGGAGCGCCACGCCCUGAUUGUGUACGCGGUCCCAUACAACGAUGAGCUGCUCGAGCCGUUGGGGGCGGUGCCGUCGUUUGGCAAGUGCCUGGGCAGCGUCCUGACGAGCGGGCACCCGUGGCGGGCCCUCAAGGUGCUCAACGCCGUGUGGUUUGGGAUCGCCAGCGGGGCGCAGUGGAGGUUGUUUGGCUACGGGGCGAAGGAGAAGCUGGCCACGGAGACGUUGCUGAGGAUUGGCGCUGGAGGAAAGGCGCUGAGCAAAGGAGAGCUCAAUCAGCUCGCUGUCAAAUGA